AUGGAGGAAGACCGAACCCGAUCCCAGGUCCCUGACUGGGGAAAACUUCGACCCGGGCCCUUUACCGAGCGCAUCAAGAGGUCCAGACCAGACAGGGAGGUGCAGCCGCUGCGCAUACCCUUCUAUACCGGUGUGGAGGACCCUCUGACGCACCUUCACUCUUUCCAAUCGGCAGUUGGAUGUAAGGGCCUUAGCGACGAGGGACAAUGCCUGCUGUUCCCCUCGUCCCUUACCGGAGCUGCACUGAACUGGUUCUACCGUCUCGAGCCAGGGACGGUACACUCCUUUGAAGAACUGAAGCAGAUCUUCCUCAACCACUUCAUGAUCCAGACGGACCGUUUGUACUCUGCCGAUGAUCUGUACACAAUUCGGCAAAAGGGAGGACGAACCCCUACGGGAAUACGCAGCGCGCUUCAGUCACGAGUACUCGAGGUGUCCCGAAACGGACGAUAG